GCCUUUUCAGCGAAGUCACGUGACCGGCGGCUUUGACGUCACCAGUGUUUCGGAGCUGAGAGCCGAGCCGAGCGCGCGCACUGACUGUCAGUCUGCGGAGUUUGGAGUGGCGGCUGGCUCUCUGUCUCUCUCUCUCUCUCUCUCUCUCUCUCUCUCUCUCUCUCUCUUUCACUCUCUCUCUCUCUCUCUGCCUCUCUCUAUCUCUCUAUCACUCACACACACACACAUGCGCGUGUGUGUACUGCCAGCGCGUCUCCAGGUUAUGGACAUCUAAAAGAUCAGAAAUCAUCAGCUGUCCAUCUACAUUUCCUGAGCUGAAACAGAAUACUCAUCAUAAUGGGGAAGCAGAACAGCAAACUCCGUCCCGAGGUGAUCCAGGACCUGCUGGAGAGCACCGAUUUCACUGAGGAAGAGAUUCAGGAGUGGUAUAAGGGCUUCCUCCGGGACUGUCCCAGCGGCGCGCUCACCAUGGAAGAGUUCAAGAAGAUCUACGGCAACUUCUUCCCGUACGGCGACGCGUCCAAGUUCGCCGAGCACGUCUUCCGAACCUUCGACGCCAACGGGGACGGAACGAUAGACUUCCGAGAGUUCAUCAUCGCUCUGAGCAUCACGUCACGUGGCCAGCUCGACCAGAAACUCAAGUGGGCUUUCAGCAUGUACGACCUGGAUGGCAACGGCUACAUCAGCAAGGCAGAGAUGCUGGAGAUCGUACAGGCCAUCUAUAAGAUGGUGUCGUCGGUGAUGAAGAUGCCGGAGGACGAAUCCACGCCCGAGAAGCGAACAGAUAAAAUCUUCCGCCAGAUGGACACAAACCGUGAUGGUAAACUGUCCCUGGAGGAAUUCGUGGAAGGAGCAAAGAACGACCCGUCCAUCGUGCGGCUCCUGCAGUGUGACCCGAGCAGCGCUGGGCAGUAAAAUGGGCAGAGCGACGCCACCUGCUGCACGGAACCCAACACUGCAGCGCUCUCCUUUUAAAACACACAGAUCAGUGUGAGCGGGAAAUCAUUACAACGAGCAGGAGCGGUCUGCUUAGAGAAUCACACACACACACACACACACACACACACACACAUGGACUCAGUGACUUGAGUAAAUCCGUGUUCGGUGCAUACGCACUGAGACAGGAAACGGCACCUUCACACAGGAAGUGCUGGUGCGAAAUGUACAUUUUGUGUAAUAUACAGUAGAAUCAUGGUACGGUCCGAAAUGAUGACGUCUGGGAAGUGUUGGAAAGAACCGGAGGGAGAAAACUGUAACUAGUUAGUAAAGUAGCUAAUUUAGCUGUGUCAUUUUGUAACUAUGAGUUCGUACGUUGCUCUGGGUUUUUGUUUCGUUUUGUCUUUUCCGUAAAACUUUAUCCCAUGACCCAGUGGCCUAACGUUCGAAUGGCCGCCAGGUUUGGUCCCCUGCAGACGGAGGCGUCGAGGUCACUUCAGAAUGCACCGUCAAAUGUUACGACGUCAGAUAUGAAGGGAAAUGUAUUAUAACGUGCUACCGCUCGCCUGCUCAGUGACCGCAAAGCGUAAUCGCCGUGGCGAGGUCAGAUUUUUAAAAACUCCGUUUCUGAAUAACACUCUACGUGUGUCGUUGUCGUUGUUAUGGUAAUAUAGAGGAUACUAUAUCAUGAUCACCUUGAGCAAAGAGUUAUUGCGUGAGCAUCGUUAGCUAAGCUAGCUAGUUCAGUAACAUUAGCCAGCUUACACAAUAUUAACCUUACCGCUUUAGCAGUAUUUAUCAGAUGUUAUUAAGUGCGAUGAAGCUAUAACACGUUACUCCGAAGUUGAUUCGUUUCCUAUAACAACACCCCCCCGAGUGUUCAGUGUUUUAUUCCUCUUACACCACAGCAAUUUGCCCACAGUUGCGAUUUAUUUUUAUUUAUUAAAAAAGACAAAACAACAUGCCGAUGAUACACUUGUGUAUCUGUUUAUAGUUACCGACUUUACCUCGCUGACACUGGAGACUCCUUCCGUAAAAUGUUAAAUAACUAAAUCGAAUAAAUCUCCGUACGGAAAAACGUCGCCGCGAGCUGUUUCUAUAGAAACGAUAACGUAUCGAGCAGCGCUGCGGUGUAAAGUCGUCGUGUGGCGUCCGCGUACGAUGUUUUCGAUUUAUAUUAAAACAACACGUUGAAAUAAAGAGCUGCGGUGUCGAGGUCAGACGUCAUGGCUCCGCCCUUCCUGACACGUGAAUCUGAGAGCAACUUUCUCAAGACCGCUUUUUAAAAACUUUUAUUAUAUUUAACGUUCAUCGCUUAGCAGGAAUCGCUUUCGAUCCGAAUUGCCGUAGGAGCGAAGCAGCCGAGGUAACCGCCGACGCUUCAGCGUUGUGAUCGACGUCACCCGUGUCUUGUUUUGAAGUGAGGUUAGCCUAUUCGAUAUACAGCAGCAUGUGAACGAGUCUAAUCGCAUUUCUGAUGCACGCCGCGAUAAAAUCAGAUUUGGGACGUAGUAUAUUAUCAACCUUUUUUUUCGGAUCAGACCUCGUUUAUCCUGCGUAACGUGAGGCUUCGUCCGGUUCGCGUUCGCUCGGGAUAUCGGAUAAUGUUUUUGCACUGUACCCGGACACACGGCUAACAACAAGACGCCGACAGUCUGUACAGAGAUUUAUUAUAAAUACGAAUAAAUAAAAUAGAAACCCGUUUAAAUAUGUUUCCUCACCUGUUUUACACUGGAUUAGCAGUAGACAUUUGCUGAUCUGAAGUUUUCUUAACUGUUUUCUUAAUUUUCAAGCUGACUAGCAUAGCUAACCUCGUAACAUUAGCUAGCUACAUUUACAACAUAUACACUGUGAUGUAUCCUGUAACUGACCACCAGCACACGCCUGCUUAGCAUCAAACCGAGCUAAAUCAGCAGAGUUCUCCACAUCUAAUUGACGACUCCAGCAGUGAACGUACACAUUAAAGUACUAGGAGGAGAAAAAACAUCUAUUUAUAUUAAAACAUAGGCAAUAUUUAUUCUUUUUACUCUUACCGAUGGCGAUUCUGUCACGCUACGGGAUUUGUUAAAUUGACCAUUUUAUGUUUAUUUGAUGUGAAUUAUGUAUGGAAUGUCGUUUAAUGUCCGCUGUAAUGUGAGGCUCGGUUCGUUCAAUGUGAAGAAAAACAAAAAAGUUAUGCACAAUGAUAUUUUAUAAAUGUUCCAAAUGAAUUAUAAAUCCAA